GCCGGCUGCUGGUGAUCGUACUUAGUAGGUUGAACUGCCGAGGGGACACUGCAUAUUAGGCUUUUACAUACAUAGAUAAUACCCCAAAUGAGCCUCUAACCAUUACUUAGUUCUUACGAUCCUAUAUGUAAAAGGGACAGUUUAUAUCUACUACUUGUGGUUUUUAAUAUAAAAAUUUUUAUGAAAGUACAUAAAAAAUUUCAGAUUUCUUGUUUCUUAUUUUGAAGGCUCAAAAUUAAUAUAUAGGUAUUAUGUUUAUCUUAUGUUUAGGAUUUUAUGAAAAUGGAAAAUUAUGAGGCAUUUGUAGGCUUUGAUCUCUGUCAGAUGCCACUUUCCAGUGUUGCUCAGAAGAUUAUGUCUGCUAUGCAUUCAGGUGAUUUAGUGGAGCCUAAGAAUUGGAGAGAGAGUGAAAAGACUGCAGAAGUGGUAAACAAACCCAGUGUUAAGUAUUCAGUACUACCUGAAGAUGGGAAGAAUCAAGCACUGGAAAAAAUGGAUCUUCAUUCUUUCACAAGCCAGACAUCAAGUGCUUCCCUCAGACUCUCUCAGUCCUCCAGUAUCAGACUCACAGAUCAGCUGUUUACUGAGCAAAGACAGAACAUCAGCUCACAGGCUCCUUGCAGCUGUCCAACUCCACAGUGUAACCAAGCGGCUUCCGUUCUACAGGAGAAGGAACAUAAAAGAAAACACUUCCUAAAACAAUAUCUAAAUAAUGAAAAUAAAGAAAACAUGAAUCUUAAAAGAAAACAUAUUACAUGUCAUAAUUCACCAGAGAAAACAAGCAAACAUACGGCAUUGAAAGAAGAUGCUGAGGAGGUAGAAGCCGCCCUGAAUUCCGGGAACUCAGGGGCACUCAGAAACCAGUUCUGUGACAUCAGGCAUUUGGAUGAUUUGGAGAAAAGCCAGCUGAUGGAAAUGCUCAGACAGGCAGCAUCCCUGGUGGUAACUCUGAUGUACAAGGAUGGUUCAACCCAACUAAGAGCUGACCAGGCUCUAGUUUCCUCUGUGAAAGGAAUUGUGAUGUUGCUACAGAGCCACGCAGAACGCCGUGGUGCUCCGGCUGCCUCAGCCCCUGGCCGUGUUCUGGAGGCAGGAGUCAGACCCAGCGGUCGGUGCAUCUACAUAGAAACGGUGCAGUCUGCUGUUUGGAGCCAAGAACAAGAAGCACAUAAUCAGUUUGCCAGGAAUGUGCUGUCUCAGAUCCUGAAAUGUACCUGCCCUGUGAUUUGUUUCAAUGCUAAGGACUUUGUGAGAACCGUGCUGCAGUAUCUGGGUGAUGAUGGCAGUUGGAAGCACGUGGCUGACUUUGUCGGGCUGGACCCUAGGAUUGCCGCUUGGCUUAUAGAUCCUCGUGAGGCCGCACCCUCUUUUGAGGAUUUAGUGGCGAAAUCCUUCGGAAACGCCAUCACGGUUAAAGUGAGCAGCACGUAUGGGAAUUCCUCAAGAAAUACUGUGAAUCAGAAUGUAUGUGCGAACCUGAGGGUCCUCCACAGGCUUACGAUGGACCUCUGUUCUCAGCUGAAGGCUCAUGGUUUAUGGCAGCUGUUCUGUACCUUGGAGCUUCCUCUGAUACCCAUUUUGGCAGUGAUGGAAAGCCACAGCAUCCGGGUGAACAAGGAAGCCUUGGAGAGGACCUCCGCGCUCCUCGGGUCUCGUCUCAAGGACCUGGAACAGGAAGCCCACUUUGUGGCGGGAGAGCAGUUCCUCGUAACCAGCAGCGCCCAGCUUCGGGAGAUCCUCUUUGGCAAGCUGAAGCUGCACCUGCUGAGCCCCACGGAGACGCUUCCCAAGACGGGGCUGCGAGGCCACCUGUCCACAUCCGAAGCCGUGUUAACUGCUCUGCAAGCCCUCCACCCAUUACCCAAGGUCAUUUUGGAAUACAGGCAGGUUCACAAGAUCAAGUCGACCUUUGUGGACGGGCUGCUCGCCUGCGUUAAAGAGGGCGCCAUCUCCUCCACGUGGAACCAGACGGGGACAGUGACCGGAAGGCUCUCCGCCAAGCACCCGAACAUCCAAGGCAUCUCCAAGCACCCAGUCCAGAUCACUAAGCCUCGGGAUUAUACAGGGAAGGAAGAGGCCGCCCUCACCAUCUCCCCGAGGACCAUGCUUGUCUCCGCCCGGGGCCACACCUUCCUGGCAGCAGACUUUGCGCAGAUUGAGUUGCGCAUUCUUGCACACUUAUCUGGGGACCCAGAGCUGCUGAAGCUAUUCCAGGAACCUGAGAGCGACGAUGUCUUUUCCACGCUGACUGCGCAGUGGAAGGACAUCCCCGCAGAGCGUGUGACGCACACAGACAGGGAGCAGACCAAGAGGGUGGUGUACGCCGUGGUGUACGGAGCAGGGAAGGAGCGGCUCGCUGCCUGCCUUGGAGUUCCUGUUCCAGAAGCCUCCCGGUUUUUGAAAAGUUUCUUGCAGAAGGCUGGCCGGGCAUCCCUGGGCCUGGGGGGUGCGUCCCAGAGAAGCCUGCAGCCACUGGUCCUCAUGGAGACCAUAGCCCUGACCAUCCUGGGCCCAGGAGCCCCACUUGAGAAGAACGGCUAUGUGGCGUCCAUCAUGGGCAGGAGGAGGCCGCUGCCAAGGAUCCACGCGCGGAACCCGCAGCUCCGGGCACAGGCAGAGCGGCAGGCGGUGAACUUCGUGGUGCAAGGCUCGGCCGCAGACCUCUGCAAGAUGGCCAUGAUCCACGUCUUCGCAGCAGUGGCCGCGUCCCCAACCCUGACGGCCAGGCUGGUUGCCCAGAUCCACGAUGAGCUGCUGUUUGAGGUGGAAGAUGCGCAGGUGCCCGAGUUUGCAGCUCUGGUCCAGGGAGCCAUGGAGGCCUUGCAGCACGUGAGGGCGCUGGAACUGCAGCUGCAGGUGCCCCUGAAGGUGAGCCUGAGCACUGGCCACUCCUGGGGACACCUGGUGCCACUGCAGGAGGCCCCGCCUCGGCCACGCCCCCAUCCUGCCACGUCUCCACGCAAUCGCCUGGCCAGACCGCACCUGCCGUCUUCCCCUGCGUUUCAUCCGUAGCCCCAGCGACAGCGGGGGCAGAAUUGGCUCCCCAGCCCCUGGGUGGCCUCCCCGAGGCCAGAGCUGGUGUCUGCUGGCUGGUGGCUGGAGCAGGACAUGGCCUGGCCAAGUGCACCCUCUGGGUCCUCACCCGAGUAAACGCCGUCCACAAAGCU